UUUUCCCGAAGAGCCCCUUCGUCCCCGCCCGCUCCUUUUGCCUUGGUGACGGGAGGGGCUCAGGCGGUAUCCCCCAUCUCGAGGGAAGAUGUAUGUGCGUGAAAAGCUUCCGGCUCGCGCUCGUUUGGGGGGUGUCGAUUCUCUGGCGGACGCGAAAUGGUCAGUGGCGGCCAUCAUCUCAUGUCCUCAAUCCAUCAGUCUGCACCCCCCCGCCUCGCAAUCGAGAGAUGGUGGCGGAGCUGGCCGGCAACUCAGGUCCGCGGGUGUGAAGCUGCCCUCGGCUGGUUAAGUGUGGAAGGAGGAAGCUGGGUGUAAAAACCACCAUAGACAAAGGACUCUGCUAUGGAGAAUAAGCUUUACGUGACUUUUCUUUUACUUUUCAUAUACUUGUUUUGUGAAGCUCGCCACCAUGAUUUGGAAGCAGCCACUAUUUCACAAACUUCAGAGAAACUUAUUCCUGAGAAAGCAGCUGGUAUCAAUGUUGAUUUGGCCACACUUAUGCAAAGACAUCACCUUCAGGAACUCUUCUCUCGCUAUGGGGAGAAUGAUACAUUGACUAUAGACGGAUUUAGAAAACUACUCCGGAAUAUGGGCAUUGAGAAGGUGAAAAGAAUUUCCCUAGAUCACGAGCACCACCAUCAUAAUUGUAUUGCACUUGGUACAAACUCUGAGAAAAUUGGUUGUCCUAGUGAAGAAUCUGUUGGUGGAAACAGAGAUCUUUGGAAUAAUCAAGCUAAGGAUUAUAAAACAGAGAAUACUGAGCACCAGCAGGGCUCUGUGAAUAGCAAGAGUACAACAGUUGCUAUAGCUGCAUCCACCUACACCACUGCCACAGAAGGCAACCCUUUGUUACAGCAUUCAGAAACUGCAGAAUUGAAGUCUACGCAUAUAGGCCUUGCCAGCACCAAUGCUAAUCUUAUUCUAGAAAGCAGCAACUCGAGUUUCCUUGUAAAUGGAAAAGCAAACGAGUCGCUUGUUUUUGUGAGGGAAUCAGAAGGAGGAAGUUACAUGUAUUCUAAAAUAAGAAAACAAAUUACACGAGAGUGUUUCAAUGCAUCAAAACUGAUGCUUUCUCAUGGAAUAAGUACACAUGUUCUAUUGACAGCUACAGAAUUUAGUUAUCUUUGUCCUGCUAUCGUUAACCAGAUUGAUGGCAGAUACUGCUUAAUUCAUGCAACAAGUGAAAAGACAGAAACUCCUCCAAAAACGUAUUCAUUGCAAGUAGCUUGGAUUGGUGGAUUUAUUUCCAUUUCCAUCAUCAGUUUUCUUUCAUUACUGGGAGUUAUAUUGGUGCCUCUUAUGAAUCGUGUAUUUUUCAAGUUUCUUCUAAGUUUCCUUGUAGCAUUAGCAGUUGGUACCUUAAGUGGAGAUGCUCUUCUGCAUCUUCUUCCACAUUCUCAUGGAAGUCAUCAUCAUCACCAUGAAAAACCAUUACUGGAACACAAUAAAGACCCCCCUUUUAAGCAUCUUGUUUUUCAAAGUGCAGAAGAAAGUGCUUAUUUGGAUUCUACAUGGAAAGGCCUCACAGCUCUUGGGGGACUAUAUUUUAUGUUUCUUGUUGAGCACUUGAUCACGCUAAUUAAACAAUUUAAAGACAAGAAAAAAAAGAAAAAACCCGAUGAAGCAGAAAUCAAGAAGCAGCUGUCUAACUAUGACUCUCAGCUUUCAACAAAUGAAGAAAAAAUAGACACGGAUGAUCGACCAGAAGCUUACUUGGAGGCACAUUUGCAAGAACUGUCAAACUUCAUCUCUCAGAAGCCAGUAGUACAAGAAGAAGAAGAGGUCAUGAUAGCUCACUCCCAUCAGGAGGCUUCUGACCAUGAAUACGCGUCCAGGGGGUGCAGAAACAAAUGCCAUUCACAUUUACAUGACACUCUAGGACAGUCUGAUCAUCUCAGUCAUCAUCACCAUGACUACCAUCAUAUUUUGCAUCACCAUCACCACCAGAACCACCACCCGCAUAGCCAUAGCCAGCGCUAUUCACGUGAAGAACUGAAAGAUGCUGGUAUAGCUACUUUAGCCUGGAUGGUAAUUAUGGGUGAUGGAUUACACAACUUCAGUGAUGGUCUCGCAAUUGGGGCUGCAUUUACUGAAGGUUUAUCUAGUGGCUUAAGUACUUCUGUUGCAGUCUUUUGUCAUGAGUUACCACAUGAAUUAGGAGAUUUUGCUGUACUUCUGAAAGCUGGCAUGACUGUAAGACAAGCUGUUCUUUAUAAUGCCCUCUCAGCUAUGCUGGCAUACCUUGGAAUGGCUACUGGGAUACUCAUUGGCCACUAUGCUGACAAUGUUUCUAUGUGGAUUUUUGCGCUCACUGCUGGACUGUUCAUGUAUGUGGCCCUUGUUGAUAUGGUGCCUGAAAUGCUUCACAAUGAUGCUAGCGAUCAUGGAUGUAGUCGCUGGGGGUAUUUCCUGUUACAGAAUGCUGGAAUUUUGUUAGGUUUUGGUAUUAUGCUACUUAUCUCUGUGUUUGAACAUAAAAUUGUGUUCAGCAUAAACUUGUAAUUUUUAAAAAACUUUCUUGCUGCUGACAUUGUAUUAAACACUAACUGUGGGCACUUUUUAACCUUUAAUUGGCUCCUGAUUAGGCAUUUUUAAUAGUGUGGACUUGCUUGUGCACACGGCAAGAGUACAGUACGUAGCACUAUGGAGAAACUGGCCUGUUAAAUAGCACACGUUACCAAAUGUAGUAAAACCAUAAGGGAAGUGUUUUUCUUUUAAUUUGAAAAAGUAUUUUAAUAUUGUGAGCAUAUUUUAUAGCAUGCAGUGUCAUGUUUUGUCUUAGUCUUAUGUAACCAAAGUGAUGCAAACAUGGUUUUAAUGUAAUAUGCUAUAGAAAAACCUAAAGUUGUCGUUUUAAUUAUUGCUAUUGAUGGGGGGAGCAUUCUGAGCAAUCGUUGAGCAGUUGUGCUACUGUAACCAAGUGUUUUAAUAAAGAGAUUUAAUAGUUGGCUUGCCAUUAAAAUUACAUGCUCACUUGUAUUCGAGUUUAUAAAAGACGUCAUGUAUUAAAGUAAAAAGUU